AUAAUUGCUAAAGCAACUGCCGCUGAUGCUAUGACCUGGUGCUUGGUGUCGGCGUCACGCUACAUCUGGACCGGCCGUGCAUGAAGCUCAUAACAUUGUGUCAAGUGGUUACAGAUAGAAGAAACGGACAAGUAAACCCAUUUGAGGGAACAACUGACUGAAGGGUUUGGAGCAUGCACGAAGAGUGAACCUUCCAAGGUUCUGUGAAUAGCAUGAUGGGGUCCUUCAGCCGACAGGAGUUCUUCCAUGAGCUUGUGGAGGGCUGUCUUCUGCCCACCGCUCAGCAGGGCCUGGAGCAGGUCUGGCAGCUUCUGGUCAUCUGCCUUCUAUGCCGACUUCUCUGGAUUCUGGGCCUCCCAUCCUAUGUGAAACACCUGAGCACUGUGGCAGGAGGGUUCUACACCCUGUACCUGUUCUUUGAGCUCCACAUGGUGUGGGUGGUACUGCUCAGUCUACUGUGCUACCUCAUCCUCUUCCUCUGUCGACACUCCAGUAACCGGGCCACCUUCCUCUCCAUCACCAUCCUCAUCUACCUGCUCAUGGGAGAGCUGCAUAUGAUGGACACCACCACCUGGCACAAAAUGAGAGGUUCCCAGAUGGUGGUUGCCAUGAAGGCCAUUUCUCUAGCCUUUGACCUGGAUCGGGGUGUGGUGGCUAAUGUGCCUUCUCCUGUGGAGUUCAUGGGCUAUAUCUACUUUGUUGGGACGAUCAUAUUUGGGCCCUGGAUCAGCUUUAACAGCUACAGAGAGGCUAUAGAGGGCCGCAAACUGAGUUUCUCCUGGAUAUGGAAAGUGUGUGUCAGCUGGGUGAAGAGCCAGCUGUGUCUGAUCACCUCUAACUGUGUUGCUCCCUACCUCUUCCCUUACUUCAUCCCCAUCUACGGAGACAAGCUGCUACGCAACAAAACAAAACGGAAGAUCAGAGCUUCUGUGGCAAGGUGGCUCCUGGCCUAUGAGAAUGCACUCUCAUUCCACUUCAGCAACUACUUUGUGGGUUACCUGAGUGAGACCACCACCACUUUGGCUGGAGCAGGCUUUACUGAGGAGAAAGACAACCUCAAAUGGGAUUUGACGAUUGCCAGGCCCUUGCAUGUAGAGUUUCCCAGGUCUAUGGUGGAGGUGGCCACCUCGUGGAAUCUGCCCAUGUCCAAAUGGCUCAACACCUAUGUUUUUACCAGUGCUCGCAACCUUGGAACCUUUUCAGCCAUCCUAGUGACAUACACAGCCAGUGCACUUCUACAUGGUCUCAGCUUCCACCUGGGUGCAGUGCUACUGUCUCUCGGGUUCAUCACGUAUAUUGAGCAUGUUUUGCGGAAGAGAUUGGCAGCCAUUUUUAAUGCGUGUAUUCUGUCAAAGAAAUGCCAGCCAAACUGCUCUCACAAGAACAAUAAGGUCCUGUGGGUGUACGUCAUUAACGUAGCCUUCAGCACCCUGGCUGUCUUCCACCUGGCAUACCUGGGCUCUCUGUUCAACUCCAGUGUUGACUACAUGGAUGAUGAUGAAGAGAGUGACGUGGCCAACCACACCAUUCAGAAGUGGUCGGAGCUGAGCUGGGCCAGCCACUGGGUGACGUUUGGCUGCUGGGUGCUCUACCGCAUCAUCCUCUAAAUGUGUGUCUGUGAGAGAGAGCGAGCUGGGGAUAUGUGAGAGAGAGCGAGCUGGGGAUAGACGUGGAGAGAAAUGAACCACCCCUUUGUACAGUAUAGAAACUAUUUUACUCAAGACCAACAUGCAGUGCUCAGGACACCGCCUAUCUACUUACUGUAACCUGCUGGUGACAAACUAUUUUUGAUACUCUUAAAAUAAUGCCCCACUCUUCCUUAAUCGCUUAAUUUAGUUUUUAAUCACUUUUUGUUUGAGCUGCUGCAUUCGUCCCUUGUGGAAAGACAGAUCAGGAUCUGCUAUCUGACAUCUCACUGAUUCUCCAUCAAUAUCCACCCUGUCAGCAUGUCAGUGGUCAUUCAUUCACUCUUUAAUGGACUGCUAAGAACUCGUUUUCAGAAGUGAUUCCAGAAUAUGCCAUUUAAGUAUUGUUUUCCUGUUUCUCUAUAUUAGAAGGCUAUAUAUUUUUCUAUUACAACCUAAUUAGUUAUUACAUCUGUAGAGUAUGUAAAUAAAACCCAGGUUGGAGAUUAAGAAAGUUUCUGUUUGUAUGACAGCACAAAGCAUAAUUAUUAGGCAGCAACUUUCCUUUUGUGGAUUUUAGUAGAAAUAUAAUUUUUUAUUUUAUUUAUGGAAAUAAUAAUGUCAAUUGGUGCCAAAUGUUAGCCAGUUUUUCCAUUGUCCUGUUAAUAACUAUGUAACUGUGAUAUAUUUGACAAAUUAUUGUACUUCAGUCAAGAAAGAAUACUAAAGUCUUUACUUGGUCAGUCAGAGUUCUUCAUGUUGCUGUAAAGCAGAUUAUGAAAAUACAUAACUUCCUGUUUUUGAUGCAAAAUGAAGAUGACGUUUGAAGUUGCAUCAGUAACUAAAGGCUUUGGUCAUUUUCUAUAUCCUGCUCUUUUUUUUUUUAAACAUGCUUUUAAGGAAAUUUAUUAUUUUUAAUGGGAUGCAUACUACUCCUGAACGUACUGCACAUAAACUGAAUCGUACUGCUGCUGGUUAUCCCACACAUCCCAUUCCUUACCGACAGAUUCUACAGUAUCUGUUAUAUUUACGUACAUCUGUCCACGAGAUAUUAAAUAUACUAUAAUUUAGUAGGCUUUCCUGUAGAAUACAAGGUUCAACUCAUUUGCAUUGCAAUGCACAAGAAAAUAUUUUUAUAGACCACAGCCUGUUUCCAAUGUGAACAAAUUAGUCAUAGUGGGCAGAACAAGCAAGGAGGUUGGCAGAGCCAAGCACGAGCUAGUGAGAUCCUAUUGGCCUGUUCUAGCAUGCAUCUGCACAUUUCGGUUAGGGAAUGCGUACUCUGAAGUGUACAAUAACUCAAUUCGCCUUUGCACACCUAAACAAAGCAUUUUUUUGUAUUUUACUUUGAUAAAUGGGAAAGUCUACAAAACUUAGUUCACUUUGUUCAUAACUGAUUUAUAGUUUUUGUAUCAGAACUGUAUUGAGAUCAAAUGUUUAAUUUGCAGAAUGGCCAUCUCCUUCCAUCUUCUCCCACUGCCGGCCGCUGGGCUUCCUCUCACUACCAUAUUUGGUAGUGAGUGGAAACAGCUAACGGAUACUUCACCUUUAUACAUCUGGUGAAAUAUCUGUCUCAUUGUUCUGUGGCACAAGUGCACAGCCUUAGCACACCACACCACCUUUAACCACUGUCCUAGUGAAAUAUUAAUCUCAAGGGUUUGUUUUGUCGAACUUUUACAUACAAUAUGUGUGAAGCUACUGAGGGAGACGUGAUACUUUUUAAUACAUUUUGUAUCAAACCUGAAUCGCUAUUUAUCUUUGGUUCAAGUUUAUGUGAAGUACUGUUAAAGGAAGCUACCUUGAGUAAGCAAUUUCUGCCAAGCAGACACGUUCUUACGUCGCAUUCAAAAACAUAUCUUGUGUGAACAUGUAACAACAAUAAACUGCUGGACUGAAAUAA